GCCUCAUCUAAUGAUUGUGCAGAUCAAAUGAAAGAUUCCAAAUUAAGAGAAAAGGGGGGCCACUUAAUAAAGAUCAAGAAUACUAGUUCUGAAUCAUCUCCACCGCUGGAUACACGUGCUUUACUAGGAAAAAGAAGCAACGAGGAUAGAGCAUCUGCAGUGAGUGGAUCUGAAGUCCCAGCCAGUAAGAGAAACAAAUACUCUUCAUUGAAGUAUUCUGGGGAUGGCCAAACUGUUUCUGGUAAUUUGAUUGAUGAUGAUAGUAACAUUCCAUCAUUCUCUCAGUCUGCACCUAAGGAUCUCAAAUCUCGUAUGAAAAUUAAAAUUUCCAAUAACUCAAAUAAUGGAAACCAAGAUUCCUUGGCUGUUCAUGGAAAGGAUGAGAUAACUUAUGUCAAGGGCCAAAGGUCGAAAAGGAGGAGACCAGCAAUGUUCGAGGAUAAAACACCAAUUACGGGAGACGAUGACCCAGUUAAUGAAUUCUUGGAUGCUAACUGGAUAUUGCAGAAAUUGGGAAAAGAUGCUGCUGGGAAGAGAGUGGAAAUUCAUCAGCCAUCCAACGACUCCUGGAAUAGGGGGACAGUAGUAGAAGUCUUUGAAGGCACAUCCAUUGUUUCCAUUGUUCUUGAUCAUGGAAAAGCCCAAAACUUUGAACUCGGGAAACAAAGAAUUCGUUUCGUUUCUCAGAAGCAAAAGCAUUGAUUUAGGACUUCUAUAAAUGAUCGACACGCCCAUUGGGUCAAGAGGUGUAGAGUUCUUGAAAGCAGCAGCGAUGCACGUGAAAAAUUAAGUUUCGACAAGUUGAUCGACUAUCGUGUUGUCUGGUUUAUGAUGCUUCCGGAGAGUGAAGCUCUUUGCUUUGCUUGCUUAUGGUGUAGGCAGCUUUUUUUCUUUUGUCUUUUUCUUUCAAAUGUUAGUCUUUUCGGUUAUUUGUUGCAAAUUGUGUCAUUGACUGUCUGGAAAUGAACCGGACUCAUCAAGACAUUGAAAUGGAUGGGAAAUUGACUUGUAUCUCCUCUACUGUAGUUUAUCCAGUAAUUUGAAUAAAAUUAUGAUAUUGUUUUAGAAUUUA